CUAACAUUCAAAUUAUCGCCUUAUUAUUUUCAUGUUACAAUUAACCAACCCCAUGCGUAUCAAUGGGAUAGUUUAUAAAGGCUCGUGUUAAAGAUAUUGGAUAUUGUAUUGGUUAUUUUAAAUCACCAACUAAUUAGAUCGUGAGUGAAGGUCAUUUAUGCUGGUGAUUUAUGGCUGAGUCGGAUAAGUUGAACAUCGACAGUUUGAUAUCGAGGCUUUUAGAAGUCCGUGGGUCUCGUCCAGGAAAGAAUGUGCAACUAUCUGAAGCAGAAAUAAGGGGCCUAGCUCUGAAGUCAAGGGAAAUUUUCCUUCGACAGCCCAUUCUGCUGGAACUUGAAGCACCAUUAAAGAUUUGUGGCGAUAUUCACGGGCAGUAUUACGACCUCCUCCGUUUGUUCGAGUAUGGAGGCUUCCCACCAGAUGCGAAUUAUUUGUUCUUGGGUGACUACGUUGAUCGUGGCAAACAGUCCCUCGAAACUAUUUGUCUUUUACUGGCCUAUAAAAUAAAAUAUCCUGAAAACUUUUUCCUUCUUCGUGGAAAUCAUGAGUGCGCAUCAAUCAAUCGCAUAUACGGCUUUUACGAUGAAUGUAAGCGGAGGUACAAUAUAAAGUUGUGGAAAACGUUCACUGAUUGUUUCAACUGCUUACCAAUAGUCGCUAUAGUGGAUGAAAAAAUCUUCUGCUGCCAUGGUGGUAGGUCACAACCUAUACUUGUAAGUACACAGGCCUCUCCCCUGACCUCCACUCUAUGGAGCAAAUCCGUAGGAUUAUGCGCCCAACCGAUGUCCCGGAACAAGGUUUGCUGUGUGACCUGCUUUGGUCCGAUCCAGAUAAGGAUAUUACUGGAUGGGGGGAAAAUGACCGUGGUGUUAGUUAUACGUUUGGUGCAGAUAUUGUCACCAAGUUCCUUCACAGUCACGAAUUGGACCUCAUCUGCAGAGCACAUCAGGUAGGGUUAAACCCCAUAAUAACUACUUUAAUUUGCUAGGUCGUGGAAGAUGGUUACGAGUUUUUCGCCAAACGCCAGCUCGUAACUCUAUUUUCUGCUCCAAACUAUUGUGGAGAAUUCGAUAACGCUGGCGCUAUGAUGUCUGUUGACGAAACCCUUACUUGUUCCUUUCAGAUAUUAAAACCCGCAGAUAAGAAAAAGUUCAACUUCCGGUCUCUCAAUUCCGGAUGGCCUGUUACUCCUCCGAGGAACUCUAAACUCGAAGACAAAUGAAUUUCCACCAUAUCAUUGUGAGUUGCCAGUUUCCACGGUCCGUGGAAAUGAUACGAACCAGUAAUUUGGUAAUGAUUUUUAAAAUGUACAGUCCUCAGACGUUAACUAUUCAGCAACCUGAUGAAUAUAUGUUAUUUAUGUCCUUUAUUUACUCCACUCUUUCUACAUUAUGGUUAAGAUCUUAUAAUUUAAUGUUUUAAGUUUUAUGCUUCUUUGUACUUGCAAAUUUUAACGCACAAAAUCUUUCCGUUUUGCCUCCAUUUGUUUUGUCCAACAUAAAAUAAUGUACAGACAUCUCUGCCCUAUUAUUAACUCAUGCUUAUCAUUGUACGAUAAUCUCCAUAUGUUGUAUUUGAAAAUGUAGGCACCGUAUUUUCAUUGUACUUACCUCAUUUUGUCAUUGAUUAGCUUUUCAUCGUUAUACACAUCACAAACGUUUUCCUAUUAAUUCUAUUAAGAUGUCCGUAUAAAUACAAGUUGUGAAAUCUUACACUUGUUUCGUUAUUUUGGUACUCGACGCUCUGUAUUCUCCCAUAUAGAGCGUCUUCUGAGUCUUCAGUUUGUUAGCUCCCACAAUUUAGUGUUUUCAUGGAAUUCCGUAACCUCAUCAUGAUGUUCGUUCGUCAAAGUGUCGUCGAUUUCCUUCGGUCAUUGUCAUCUGAAGGUAUACUGAUAUUUUUAACUGAGAUAUUUUAGAUUUCAACAACAUAUGUGUGAACCUAGCCAAUACUACUUCGACUGAGAAGCUGCAAUCAUGCCCAACUACCGCCUGCCUUGACUCGGGGUUUUGUUAGUGUAUGAUUAGGUUGAAAGAAAGCUCGGAGAGGCCGAAUGAAGACGUUGCGUCUGUCCAUGAAUCUAUCGACUGUUAGACUGACUUGUGUUGGUAGGUUAAGACUGUCUAACUGGAGUCGUCGCAGUUAUCAUAUCUGGUGGUUGGAGGCGUUGGGUGAUAUGUCUCACAAUCAGUUUCAACAACUUGAAUGUAUUCGUUUUAUUUUCGAUAUGUCCUGAAUGUCGAAAUCUCAUACAUUUUCUCGAUUUCGCUCUCCUCAAAUCAUGUUAUCCAUACCUUGUUUUCUAUUAAUACCGUCGCUGCUUCUACCACUCAGAAAUUUGUCUUCGUAAUUUCGUUUCGUUACUGUCAUUCUUUAUCAACCUGAAUCGACGUAUGUAUGUAACAAGUCUUACGUUACUUCUAGGGGACCAUAUGUAUCACUAAUGUGUGUAUUUACGGCAGGAUAGUGCACCGUUAGUACUUUGAACUCUCAGUGAAAUGCAACUCACAAUUACCUAUUGCUUUCGUAAAGUGUGUUGUUCGGGUGUAUUUUCUUGUUGGAAAACAUAAUUUUUUCUAAAAGUUAAGGAACUGGAGUAUGUGUUGAUUCUAAUCGUUUCCUCCUGUGUCAGUUAUUUAUCACUAGUGAUGAUUUCUUAGUUUCUAUAGGUUACUGGCGUUCUAACCACAUAUUGUACUUUAUUAAAUGAUGAGAUAUCUUUAUCUUUCAAUGCGAAAUGUUGCUCAGGAAUUAGUUUGUAUCAAUGCCAUCGUUUAUCUUGAAAGUCUUAUCGAGCCUGUUGAAUUGACGACUGACCAAAUGGUUGCCCGAGUGGGAAAAUACUUACUUUUGCCAACUCGUUUCAGCUGUAAUUAACGUGACAUAUUUUUCCAUCUGUCAAAUGAGUCCCUAAAUGCCCUGGUACGGCCGAGAGAGUGGAGGGUCCACCCUCUCGAAAUGCUCUCACACGGCCACGCCCAUACAGUCUAUCCCAGGGAAGUCCUACUCACUGCCU